AAGGCGUUUCCGGCUCCGGUGUCAUGGCCGGCUCCAGUCUUCAAGGCGGGCCCGCUGCCCUCAGCGGGAAGAGACAGCAGUUCGGGAGCCGGUUUCUGAACGAUCCUGCGCGCGUCUUCCACCACAAUGCCUGGGACAACGUGGAGUGGUCGGAAGAACAGGCUGCGGCGGCGGAGAGGAAAGUGCAGGAGAACAGCAUCCAGCGGGUGUGCCAGGAGAAACAAGUUGAUUAUGAGGUCAAUGCCCACAAAUACUGGAAUGACUUCUACAAAAUUCAUGAAAAUGGGUUUUUCAAGGAUAGACACUGGCUUUUUACUGAAUUUCCUGAGCUGGCACCUAGCCCAGAACAAAACUACUUGAAAGAUGUGCUCUUGGAAAGUAAGAAGAGUGAAGGACCCGGUUUAGAAACAGAACAGCACAAAUGUUCUUCAGACUGCCUUGGACAUACUACACAGAUGCCUCCUGUGGAGGAGAAUGUGACCCAGAAAUUCAGUCACCUGGAAGUGUGUGCUCAUGAGUUUCCUGGAUCUUCAGCCACCUACCGAAUACUCGAGGUUGGUUGUGGUGUGGGAAACACAGUCUUUCCGAUUUUACAAACUAACAAUGACCCAGGACUCUUUGUGUACUGUUGUGAUUUUUCAUCCACAGCUAUAGAACUGGUCCAGACAAAUGCUGACUAUGAUCCUUCUCGGUGUUUUGCCUUUGUUCAUGACCUGUGUGACGAAGAACAGAGUUACCCCAUGCCCUGGAACAGCCUCGAUAUCAUCAUUCUCAUAUUUGUUCUUUCUGCAAUUGUUCCAGACAAGAUGCAGAAGGCCAUCACCAGGCUGAGCAGGCUUCUGAGGCCUGGAGGGAUGAUGCUUCUACGAGAUUAUGGCCGCUAUGACAUGGCACAGCUUCGGUUUAAAAAAGGUCAGUGUCUAUCUGGAAAUUUCUAUGUGAGAGGUGAUGGUACCAGAGUUUACUUCUUCACACAAGAUGAACUGGACACACUUUUCACUACUGCUGGACUAGAAAAGGUUCAAAACCUGGUAGAUCGCCGAUUGCAAGUGAACCGAGGGAAGCAGCUGACCAUGUACCGAGUUUGGAUCCAGUGCAAAUAUCGCAAGCCUCUUCUGUGCAACACCAGCUAAGAAACACUUGUUCCUGACACCCUGCAAGCUCGCUUUGGGGGAUUUUUUUAAAGAGAUUGUCUAUAAAUGGUGUCUUGAUGUUGAACACUUAAAGGAUUUAAACAGAUAUGAACCUUGAACCGGGAGAAAAUUGCCCUUUUUUGGUCAGAGGGUGCAUACCCUGGCCAGAGAGGGAGAAAGCAUUCUCCCAAUGGGGCAUGAUCAUGCCACAAUCCUUAUUCUUUCCUGUCAAAAUUUUGGCACAUAUACACCUGGUGUAUUUUUCAUUCUGCCUAAGUGGGAGCUCAAACCAUGGGAUCCAGAUCCCUUAACCACUGACCUACAGGGCUGGCCCCAGAAAAACUGUUUUUUAUCGAGAUUGUAGCAAUUGUGAAGUCCUUUAAUAUAUACUUAAGUUCUCAUUUUGAAAUCUUUACCUUCCCAAUUUAUAACUAUAACUAAUUUUAUUUACAGGAAUCAUGAAUUUAAAAACAUCAAGAAUUUAUUCCCAUAUGAAAGUGAUAUAUGGUGUGUCAUUUUACUAUAGAUGACGUUAAAUUACCUGGACUGGGCAAUUGCAACUGAUACAUACAAAACUGAAUAAAAAUCUCCAAGACUUUGGAGAAGCAAG